AUGACAACGUCACACGCUAGAGGUAACAGUUUGCCCGAAGGGGGGCCAAAGCCCCGUAACCCAGCUAGAGAUAUCCUCACGCUAAGUCCGUCGCGCCGCGGUUCGCUGACCGCCAUCCACCGCUGCAUUGCAGCCACUGGUCUUCUCGAGACCCUCUCCCAAGGGCUAGUGGUAGCAGUACCUUCGCCACUGAAGAGUAAAGAGGAUGUAGAGGAAUACAGGAAAUUUCUGCAAAGCACCAAAAAUGGUAACGGCUACCUCGUCUCUUCAAGCGCGAUCAACCCCUUGAGCAACAUAUGGGAGCAGAGCGGUAAAUUCGAGGGGGACAUCGUACUGGACGACUGGCAGAUUGAAGCCCUGGUGACAGACUAUGCAGCUGGUCGGGCUGCUUACAUAUGGCCUAAUACCAAGUGGCCUAGCAACGUUGUUGUGUAUGACUUCGCGGGUGGACACUUUAAUCAAGCACAAAUUGACCACAUUCUUCUAUCAAUUGGAUGGAUCGAGCACUUCACCUGCGUCAGAUUCCGAAGGAGAACCGCAUCCGACAGGAACUACGUUCUUCUUACGGGGUACAACAACGGUUGCUAUGCCAGCGUCGGGUUCUGGCACGACCGUGGCAUCCACACCAUGAACCUGACCCCCGCUACCCCUGGCCACGGCUGCUUCAACGUCGUGACCAUCAUCCACGAGUGGCUGCACGUGCUCGGCUUCUUCCACAUGCAGUCCACUUACACUAGGGACAACUAUGUCAGGAUCGCGUGGGAGAAUAUUCAGCGUGGUAUGGAGUACAACUUUGACAAAUACGAGUCGAACCUUGUGAGCAACUUAGGGCUUCCGUAUGAAUUCCAGAGUUGUAUGCACUACAGCACCCACGCUUUCUCCGUCACUGGUAGACCCACCAUCGUCGCUUUGAGAAGCUACGAAGGCAUAAUGGGACAACAGAACUUCGUGACCCACUGGGAUUGGGUGCGUCUCAGCCGCCACUACAACUGCCCUGGAGCCUGGAGCGCGGACCACAUCGACUACCUGCAACAGGAGGUUGAGAAGACCAAGGCAUUGAUGGAACAGCAAAAUCCAACUCAAGAGCAAACUCAAGAUCAAGACAAUAUGGAGAAAAUUGACUGA